UGUUGGUUUCAUCAAGAAGGAAAAUUAUCGAGCCGUAUUUAAACUGAUUUCCCUCGAAGUUCGUGUAUAUCAAAGGUUGUCGAUAAAAAUCGCCGUGAAAUGCUUUUGGAGUAGCCGAAUAGGUUAACAAAGGCAGAUCGUGGACCUAUAAACACAGUCGAUUACUUAAAGACUUAAAGGAAAAUGGACGCGAAUGAUCAUUGCCAAUUUGUAUUGGAACGGAUUAACAUAAAUGACACGAUCAUCCUUAAUAAACCCUAUCAUACAUAUACUUGUGGCAGAGCUAAAGAUAAUGAAAUAGUAUGUCUUGGUCUGACAGUAUCUCGACGUCAUUGUAUGUUUUUCCAUGGCAAAAAUGAAAUAUAUGUUACAGAUCUAAAGAGUGCGAAUGGCUUGUUCAUAAAUGGAGUUGCUCAAGAGCCAUAUCAGACAACAAAAUUAAACCACAAUGAUAUCAUCGGAGUGGGUUGUCCGGAUCUUAAUGCUAAGGAACAUAGUAUGUUUGUAUACAAAUUGCAUAUUAUUGAGUUUCAGAAGUCACGUACAGUGGAUAGCAAUCACAAUGCCAGUGCCCUUUCAGAAACAGUUUUAAAUCAUACAAAUGCAUCUAAAAAAUGUACCGCUGAUGAUAAAUCCGAUCCUAUAUUAAAACGUAAGAGGGACAUGAGAAAUUGUGACACAAAAGUUGUACCAAAUAAAAUACCUAAACUGGAAGACAAUUCGAAAGUUCGUUUAGAAGAAUCUUUAAAUGAGGACAGUAAAGUAAUUGAUGAUAACGACAUUGAAAUAGUUCACGUUUCAUUGAAUAAUAGUAUAUUGGAGCAAAGUAGUAGUAAUUGUUGCACCAGUGCAAAAACUACCAGAUUAAGUAAUCACUCGAUUGCAAGCAAACAUACAGAUUGUGAUAUGUUGGAUGUAAAUAAUAGCGUGAAAAAUAAGAAAAAGUGUGACUUGUCAAAAGAUUGUAAAAUACAAUUCAAUGAAUUUCUAUGUCCCAAGAAUUCAAAGUCACUUGUAUCGAGUAAUGCGAAUGAUAGUGAUAGGGAAGAAAAAGAUGCAGCUAUUGAUUGUAAGCAUCUGGAACGGUCAAGCAAGAACACGGUUCAAAAUGUACAGAAAUGUAUGGAAAAUAGUCUGUUGAAUAAUAAAAAUAAGGAAAAUAUGGUAAAUAAUCCUAAUUGUCGUAAUAUUCAGUCUGACAAUAAAAUGGAAAGUAGUAACGCGAAAAUGUCAAGCACAGAAAAUAUAAACUCUGACUCCAGAGCAAGUUUGAAGAAUGAUGUUGAAACUUCUGGCAAUUCAAAUACAAAGCAACUUAAUGUGGAACAGUCGAUGGUUGAAAAUAAUACCGGGAAAACAUUAUCAAGUUUACCUACAAAUUUUGUACAUACUGGAGAUUCCGUAAUAAAAAUGGAAGAAGAAUUACAAUUAACAGAUACAGACGAAGAUGCUAUUUGGAAUUCCAUGGGCGGAAUUCCGAUGCCACUCGUAUCUCCGAUCAAAUUAAAGCAGGUACAACAAGAGCCGAAGACAAAGUUUUCGGAAGAGGACGUUAUAAAUUUAAGCGACAGCGAGGAUGAUGUUUUUCCGUGUUCUCAAUUAUUCGAUAUUGGCUUUGGUAUGAAUACAUCGAUUAAACAGGAAGUCAAAGAAGAAACCGCAGAUAUGGAAAACGAAAGAUUCAGCAUGCUUGGCGACGAAGACUUGGUUAUUUCGCUGUCUGAUAGCGAAGACGAAGAUGACAAUUGGUUACGCAGAUUAUCUCGUAGUCAAAUACUUAAUGAAGAUAAAAUUAAAACCGAAACGGAACACCAAAACAAGCAAGAAGAAAACAUGGAUGUAGCAAUUGUUGAUAUCGAAAAUCCUAUUUCUACUUCCAAUAAGUCUGUCGAUAAGUCCGAAUCAAGCACAAAAGAAAGAGUUCAAGAGGAGAAGAGAAAACAGACAGAGAAGUUUGUAAAUGAGGAAGAAGAAGAGCAAAGAGAAGCAUCUUUGCAAGAUGCGAGGAAUACUAUCGAAAUGUAUUCGUUGAGUGUUAGUAUAGAAAGAAUGAAUGUUCGUUCUAUAGAUCGUAGUGCAAACUCAAUGGAGCUCUCUAGCGACAGUCCAGUUACAAGUAAGAAAUUUUAUGAGUCACUUAAAACCAAGGAUUCAAGUUUUAAAAAGCAAGAGAUCGAGAAUCGUGAUACUUACCCAAGUGGUGUAGCAGAAACUAUGAAAACUUCAAGGAGAAAAUCGCUUGAGAAAAGAGUACCACAAAUUGAACCACAGCACUUACCUAGUAGAAGACGAAGCGCUAGUACAAACAGAACAAAAGAAGUUUCCGAAAAAUCUACUAAGCAAAGACUGACUGCCAAUGAAAAGAAAGAAUUGAAAGAGAAAGCUAAGAUGGAAGAAUAUGAGCGUGCGAAAGAGCAGAAGAACCGGAAAGUACUUAAUAAAUGGGCCGCCGAUUGCCUUCCGUCAAAUAAAAAGAAGACUAGUACUCCGCUUACGAAAGAAGAUAAGAAAGCAUUGGCGCAAGACAGAAAGUUGAAAUUAAAGAAAAUUGCCAUGGAAAAGAAGCGAUCAUCUCUGGACAAUACUCAAGAGAAGAAACGUAUUGCUAGCAAGCCGAAGGCAAAAGUGUCCGUAAAAUCACGAAACGACUUGCUCGUGGAAGAUACAAUUUCUUUAUCGAAAUCGGAGGAAACGAAAGAAAAAUUGAGACCAUCUAAUCGGUCUACAACGACAAAUAAUACUUUGCCGAUUCCUAAACUCGAUGGUACGACAAGCAAGGUCGCGUCUAAAGAAUUUGCAACGCGUGCGCCAAAUUUAUCAAGUCUUGCUGGUCUCGGGAAAAUCCCCAAAAAGAGUAAUGCGACUAAAUUUACAAUCACUACUACAAAUCCAGACGCUUUGGAAAAUGUUUCGUUAGCAAAAAGAUUGAAAGAACCAACGAACAUCGGUACAAAGAAAGCAGAAGUAAAAAAUAAAUCAAACACACAAUCAACUCUGUCUAGUGGAAACCGAUCUGCUUUGUCUUCUGCGUCGUCGGUAGCGAAGUCACCACGUAAAAAACCAAAAAAGCGCGUAUCUUUCUCCGCAAAUAUCGAAACUGUACGGGAAUAUGAAAUUGACGAAUCAAAUGUUAUGAAGAAACUCGCAGGGAAAGAUGCGCCUAUCCCUAACAAAUCUAACGAUGUCGUAACAACAAACGAAAAGACAAACGAGUUCUUGUUGCGUAUUUUUGCAUGGAAACCGAUUUGGUUGGAAGAACAGGAGCAUUUUAAGACUACACCACCUGUUGUCCGAGACGAUGAACUUCACGUCAUGUUAACGCGUUACAAGUCGUACGAAGAGUACUGCAGAGUCCUUACACCUCUUCUUAUGCUGGAAACUUGGUAUAGGAUAACCAAAGACUUCUUGAACAUCGAUCAGCGUUGCAGACGACCCACACAGAUGUGUUCCAUUAUUGCGAAUUCUAUUCACACCAGUAUGGUUUCCCCGAAUGUAUGUUUCACUACGUUGAUGCUCGAAGUGUUGGCUACGAAAGAAGAUGUUCAGAGAAAAGCUAACCCUCAGUACGGGAAUCUAGUAUUCUUCGAGUAUGUUAGGAAUCAAGAGAAGGGACAAACAUUUCAUAAAGUAUUUGCAUAUGUGGAUAGUGUUCAUGAGACGAUAUUAACACCUUGGACUCAUUAUAAUAAGGAUUUAGCGCAUUAUGUAAACAAACCGUAUGCCUUAUUAACGUAUACCAUGUUGACGAAACCUCUUCAACCGAAUAUAUUGGUAAAUCGAGUUCAGCGAUUGAGGAGCGUCACUCGUUUACGCCCUAUCUUACGGUUGGUACAGGGUCUGCAGAAUUUCCCGAAAUCACCGUUGAUGAGCAUGAUUUUAAGUCCAAAAAUCGAACAGUACUAUUUGCCUAGCAUAUCCACGACACAGCAAUUAAUCACUAAGGAUAAAUUGAAUCAGAAACAGUUGGAAGCUGUGUGCAAAGUGACCGACGUUAUUGUACAAAAACAGGCGAAGCUGUGCUUCAUUCAGGGCCCACCAGGUACCGGGAAAUCGACAGUUAUUGUAAAUAUUGUAAUGCAAGUAUUAUAUGGAAACAACAGGUAUGCCAGCAGUGGAGGUGCUUUGAAGAUUUUAGUAUGCGCUCCGUCGAACGCAGCCAUUGAUGCAAUUACUAUGAGAUUAUUGCAGAUUAGAUCAUCUAUGGCGCAAAAGAGGUUCAAGAUGGUACGAAUCGGUCAAUCGGAAGUGAUGCAUCCAGUUGUCAAGGAAAUUUCUGUAACUGAACUUGCAAAGCGAGAUAUGAAACAAGUAACGAGCACCUCCAUAAAUACACCACUUGAAAGCGUGGAGCAAGAAAAAUCCCUUUUAGAAUCAAAAAUAAACGCUCUGAAAUGUAAGCUCGCGAAUACCCAAAAUAUGGAUGAAAUUUAUAAUAGAAACAUCAGAAUGAAAUUGGCUGAUCUGGCUACAAAGUAUGAACUACUGAAAAAUCGUACACCGUUGAACGAAAUGAAUCCGAAAGAGUACAAAAGAAUGCUACGGUCAGGGGAAAAUCGAAUUCUAUCGCAUGCGGAUAUUAUAACGUGUACUCUCUCGUCGUGUUACGACAAGCUAAUGAAGUCACUUUUCGCCACCAAUAACACAGGAAUAUCCGUAUGCAUCGUGGACGAAGCUGCUCAAAGCUGUGAAGCCGAAACUCUGAUACCAUUAAUGUUGGGCGUGAACACGUUAGUUUUAGUCGGUGAUCCAAAUCAGUUACCCGCCACAACACUAAGUCCCCAGGCAAAGAAAUUAGGGUGGGGCCAGUCAAUUUUUUCACGGGUUCAGAAUGCUUUUGAAUUACAUCCAAAUAAUCCAAUAAUCAUGCUGGACACUCAAUACAGGAUGCAGCAUGAUAUUUGCUCGUGGCCGAAUAAAUUCUUUUACGCUGGAAAACUGAAAACCAACAUACCGCGCACCGUAGAAUUUCCAUUUCACUCUUAUAGAAUUCUGCAUCUUAAUACAAGUCAAAACGAUGACAACUAUUCAAAUACCGAUGAGGCGCAGUUCAUAGCUAACAUGAUAUUCUCUAUGUUGACGUAUACCAAUUUAGACAACUGGGAACGCAUUUCGUUCGGGAUUCUUACACCCUACAAUAAUCAAAAAUUUAUAAUACAUAAAAAAAUUAUCGAUAGAAUGUUGACAUUGCCUGAAAAGCUUAGAAGGAAGAUGAAAUUCGAAGUAAAUACGGUCGAUGGUUUUCAAGGACAAGAACGUGAUGUUAUUAUCAUGUCUUGUGUUCGAAGUCUCAAAAUCGGAUUUUUGUCUGACAAGCAACGGCUUUGUGUCGCCCUUACAAGAGCAAAGUACAGUCUGAUUAUCUGUGGUAACUUCAGUGUCUUUAAUAAGGAUCAAGUGUGGAAUUCUUUGCUGUCGAAUGCAAGAGACCGAAGGGUGUAUUUUAACGUUAAUGCCAGGAUAUUACCUCACGAAAUAAAACAACAUGUUGUUAAGCGACCUACUUGUUAAGACUGUCAUUGUAUAUUUGUAAAUCAUACAU